AUGCCGGACGUUUCAAGCUGCGUUCGAACGGCGCAAGUGGUCGGGCUGACUGCAUCUGGGAUGAUGGCUGGAGCGAUUAUCAGCUACUCUACCGUGCUGAUACCCUCGAUCACUCUCCCUGCCGGCUCCGGACCAGCCAGCUACGACUCCAACCACAAGCCUGGCACUCCCAUCUCGCACAUUGCUACCCAAUGGCGCCACGCCUACAACAUCGGCAAGAGCUCGAUGCCUUUCUGUGCGAUUGGAGCGGGCUCUGCCUACGCCUAUCUGGCCUACGUGUUCCGCCACGAAACGACUCUUCGUGUAGCCGACGUGAGGACCUCGAACUGGUAUCUGCUUGCCUCCGGGCUGGUGAUGUCUAUUAUCCCGUACACGCUGAUGGUGAUGAGCCCGACGAACAACAGCCUGCUUUCCCGUGCCGAGGUGACGGAUGCGGAGGCCAUGACGGGUGUGUCCAAGGCGAAGGAGGCGGCCAGCAGGGCCAGCGACUCCAAGGCGACCAGGGAAGACGUCGAGGUGUUGAACUGGCUCAAGGGUUGGGCCGAGUUGAAUGUUGUCAGGGGCCUGUUCCCCCUGGCAGCAACGCUCUCUGCACUCUAUGCAACUCUAUACUAG